AAUAAACUGAUUUUAUAAUUCAUUUGCGCUAUUUUUGACACGCAGGAACAAAAGUUUCGUUUUUCAGAAACCAGACCGGACAACUGAUGAAGAAACACCGAACCGUUAGAAGCUCAGAAACUCAGUAUAUCAUAUAAAUCAGUGUGUUUUAAAAAGUUCACAGAAUUAAAAAAAAAUGGAUUCUGACUCUUGGGCUUUGUCUGUUGAUCAACAAGAAGCAACAACCAAAACAAGUGAAGUGCUGUGGAUUAGAGAGCGGCGAGUCAUCCCGAAAACUGACGCGAAAGAAACAGCAAAACCUCCAGAUGGUGACAAAUCAGAUGAAGAAGAAAAAGAGGACAGAGCCGCACAGUCUCUUCUGAAUAAAUUAAUCAGGAACAGAAUCGUCAACAACACGAACCAGGUGGAGGUGCUUCAGAGAGACCCGAAUUCACCACUCUACUCCGUCAAGACAUUCGAAGAGCUGCGUCUAAAACCUCAGCUGCUGCAGGGCGUCUAUGGAAUGGGCUUCAACAGACCUUCAAAAAUCCAGGAGACUGCGUUGCCGAUGAUGCUGGCAGAACCACCUCAGAACCUGAUCGCUCAGUCUCAGUCCGGAACAGGGAAAACCGCCGCCUUCGUACUGGCCAUGCUGAGCCACGUUCACCCAGCAAACAAAUGGACCCAGUGUUUGUGCAUCUCUCCAACCUAUGAGCUUGCCCUACAGAUAGGUAAGGUUGUGGAGCAGAUGGGCAAGUUCUACCCUGAGGUGAAACUGGCUUACGCCAUUCGAGGAAAUAGAAUUGAUGGAGCAAUCCAGGAGCAAAUCGUGAUCGGCACCCCAGGCACCAUGUCCGACUGGUUAACCAAAAAAAAGUUGAUCGACCCAAAGAAAAUUCGGGUGUUUGUACUGGACGAGGCUGACGUCCUGAUCGGCAUUCAGGGUCACCAAGACCAAUGCAUCCGCAUCCAGAGGAAGCUGCCCAAAGACUGUCAGAUGCUGCUCUUCUCUGCAACCUUUGAGGACACGGUGUGGCAGUUUGCCGAGCGCCUCGUCCCCGAUCCCAACAUCAUCCGACUGAAGAGAGAGGAGGAAACCCUGGACACCAUCAAGCAGUAUUAUGUGCUAAGCAGAAACACAAAUGACAAGUUCAACGCACUGUGCAACAUCUACGGCGCGAUCACGAUCGCACAAGCCAUGAUCUUUUGCCAUACUCGCAAAACAGCUGCCAAGCUGUCAAAAAUGAUGGCAGAAGAGGGUCACCAGGUGGCGCUGCUGAGCGGAGAAUUGACGGUUGAACAAAGAGCAGACAUCAUCCAGCGCUUCAGAGACGGCAAAGAGAAAGUGCUGAUAACCACAAAUGUGUGUGCAAGAGGUAUUGACGUAGAGCAGGUUUCUGUGGUGAUCAACUUUGACCUUCCACUGGACAAAGACAGCAACCCAGACAACGAGACCUACCUGCAUAGGAUCGGCAGGACGGGGCGCUUCGGCAAGCGAGGCCUGGCCAUCAACAUGGUGGACAGCGAGCAGAGCAUGGCCGUGCUCAGAGCCAUCGAGGAACACUUCAAUAAGAAAAUAGUGAAGCUGGACACAGAAGACCCUGAUGAAAUUGAAAAGAUUGCACACUGAGGUGACGUAGAAAAGAAAAUGCACUACAGAAGAACAAAACACUAACAUUUACUGUCUAGUGUUAUCUCACGAGUUCUCACUUGAAUUUCUCAGUUUACCUUUGCCAAAAAAACUAUCCUUAGCUGAUAGUUAAUGGUUUUUUUUGGUUUGUUUGUUUUUUGGGGAGUUAACACACUUUCCGUGUUCAGUAACAACUCGGCUCAGUAUAUGAAGCCACUUAAUUACUGAGGGGUUUUGGAGGAAUAAUUACGUUAUCACUGCUGUGUUUUCUGCUGUGACAUGAACACCUUUUGGACUAACCACAUUCUGAUGUGCUGUGGAAAGCACACUGGCUCCACAACAACCAAAGGGCAUAUUGAAGACAUUCCUUAAGAGUAAUAUGUAAUAUUACCAAACUAAAUUUUCACACAUCUGUUUCAGAGAGAUGUUUAUCCUUUGUGAUACGAGGAGUAAAAUAAAACAGUUUCUUUUUUGGAUCUAAAGAGAUAUUUGAUUGAUUUUUUUGAUCUGAUUUUUGGGAUCAGUUAUUGUGUGUUUACUGACAUAUUCCUGGAUGAUUAGGGAUAGUUACAUUCGUGGGUUUUUUUUUUUUCUUU